UAAAGCUGCAAACCCCAAGCAAGUAGCUUUACAAAGCAGUGAGUUAUGAGAGUAAAAUAUAGAAUUCGUCAAAACUAUGUAUAAUUUAAGCUCCGACAAUGAAAGUUCCUUCGGCACGGAAUCCGAGACAGAGAAUGAAUAUUUCUGGAAUGAGGAGUCCUCGAGAAACCAAAAAUGUUAUACUACCGAAGUGGAGGACAUCAUCCGCCAGAAUGUGGAUGUUACUACAGCAAAUGCGAUUGCAUUAAAUCAUCAUUAUCAAGCCAAGCUCAGACAGCUUCGCGCACAACUCGAAACGUUGCUCCUGCAAUGCCAAACCCGGCUGAAAGACGUGGACACUUUGGUGGACAAUAUGCGAUACAAUCGGAGGGAAAGCAUUCCCUAUAGAGUUCGCAUCGCGGGAUACAUUUGUGGGCAACCCUUUUUUAAAGAUCAUGAGCUUUACCCCGGACCACACAAUGCAGACUAUCUGUACCGCAAGAAUGUGAAGAAGGAAUUUUUCCCGCUGGAUAUGUUCGAGAGCACCGAAACUCACUGGACGCUCAAAGACAAAACGAAAAUGAAGGAUGGCAUCUUGAAGCAAGUAAUCGAAUUCCUUCACCGUGAAGGUGAGCUCCGAGCAAAAAUGUGCGGGAGUACUUCGAAAGCCGAGCAGAUCAGAAAAGAUAUUAUCUCUUACCGUACGCUGUCCCUAGAAGUCUUGUGGCCAAAGUUGCAAUCGUACGAUGAUGGCAAAUUUGGAGGACAGUGUUUCAAGGUAGAUUGGUUGGUCAUAUCCAACGUAAACGUGUCGGGACGGCAUACUGCAUCGGCGUGCGAAGGUAUGUGGAACCAGUACCUUAAGCCGGGUUUGAGAAAAGGCCUUUGGAAGCAAGAAGAAGAAUGUCUGCUAGUGACGGCAGUGCGUCAACAUAACUAUCAAGAUUGGAGCAGCAUUGCUCAGUCCGUGGGCAAUCGGUCCGAGUAUCAAUGUUUCGUGCAUUUUCGUACCUGUUUUUCGCAGCAGGCACAUAUCGAAAGGAAACCAUGGACUCCAGAGGAGGAUGCUCAUCUACUACGGAUAGUGCAGGAAAAUUGCAUAGGCAGUAAUGUCAUUUGGAACAAAGUUGUAGAGAAAAUGCCUAAUCGGAACAAGGUCCAAGUGUACCAUCGGUAUAAGUACACUCUUACUCGCCCAUUGAAAGGUGCAAAGUUUACACCCGUGGAGGACUGCGUGAUAACGGCUUACGUGCAGCAGUACGGAGAUGACUUUAAAUAUUUCCCCGAGCACCUGCUGCCGGGAAGAACGAUGAAACAGGUCUGGGCACGGUACAACAACACGCUGCGAUAUGUCGACAAGCAUACCGGCUGGACGCUGGACGAAGACAAGCGUCUGAUGAGCUACAUCGGAGAGCAUCUUACCGAAGAAGGUCCAGAAAAAAUCUCAUGGUCCGACUGCUCCAGAUACCUCGUCAACCAUUCCCGGGCUAGCUGCCGGACGAGGUAUUAUACGAUCGAAAAGUUUCUCGAGAAAUAUCCUAACGCUACCCUCGAAGACGUGCCUAGACGAGCGGGCAAAAAGCUCUCCACAGAUAUUACACACGAAAAUUGGAUGAAAACCAUAGUUGACAUCAAGAACACCACAAGUGAGAUAAAUAAUUCCUUUGGCGAUGAUAAACUGUGCGAGACAUUCAAAACUACCGGUGAGUGGGCAUUGUAUGAUCAAAUGAAAUUUUGUUUUCGCUAUCAGUUUGGCCACAAGCUUGCAGUAGACUCUGACCGGAAAAGUGUCCAUACCCGGACAAAACUGUUGCUGCAUCUAUUGGAAGGCUUCCAUCAAGGAGGGUUUUCAUCGAGUACUUAUUUUGUUAACAAAGAGGACCAAUCAACGAUGAUCGCCGUGAUGGAGACACCGCUGGAUUGGUCGAGUCCGCAAACUGAAUCGAAGGAAAACGAUGGUGGCAAUGAACCAGUGUUUUGCAGAAUUCCUCCCAACUAUAACACCGUACUCGGUCUACGAGGGCUCUGUUUAAAUGCCUACUAUGAUGCAAAGACACAUAGUUCCACAUCAAAGAGGCUAAAAAGAUGUAGAAACACAAGAGAUCCCGAAUACAAUACGGCGGUGGAACUGUUUGUCGAUCGUUUCAAAGCUAUAUUUCACUGGUCAAUGUUGCUAGUAAAACUGAAUAUAGAUGAGAUAGUGUUCGUAACCGAAGAAGAUCAGCACGCAGAAGCCAUAACAAUUUCGGAUGUUGUGGAUGUAAAACCUUGUUCAAGUGAACAACUUCCAGGAGCAUCACAUGUCGAUGGUUCGGAAAGAAGAUUUCCUGGAAAACCCCGGAGAGUCACCCGAAAAAAGCAUACACCGAAAGGAAAAGGAAAAUCGGCAUCGGAAAGUAAUAAUUCUUCACACCAAAGUAACGAUAUAGCUGUUACAUUGUACCAAGAUAAUAACUGCGACACAUCUAUUGUGAAAAAUAUUACAAUAAUCAAUCCUUGGGAUUUACCAGUGCCAUGUGAUCAAACUCUAUCUCCAGGCGAAAACCAUUCUGAUUUAAAUAAUCCUCCAACGACUAUACAGCCCACCGGUGUGCGAAAAAACGAUAACAAAUCCCGUCAAACCAAUGUUCCAAAACCAGCCGAAGUGUUAAAAAAGAUACGUAAAAGCAGAACACGAACCAAACGAAAGACAGGCAUCAAACCCGAUACCGCUAAUGGCCAGCUUUCCCAUGGUGUUACCUGUGUGGCGGACGAACUCCUUAAAGCGGAACAGCAACAUAUGGUUUCCAAAUUUGAAGGAGUACCUCAGAUUAUGUCUGUCUAUAGUCUAGUAACUGAACCUUCAUCUGGGGCUCUUCACACAGUGGAACCAGUCGCCGGGUCCUGUAACAUACAAGAGGUUUCCGAUGCUACAGAUAAAAAAAAUAAUACUUUGAAAUUACAUUGCAAUGAACUAACAUCUCAAGAUCAGGCCAGUUCAUUCGACAAAAAUCAUAGUAGCGACUUGAAGAGUGUACUUAAUGCGAAACCAACCGGGACACUUUCAAGCACAACGGUUUUAUCUGUGCUGGAUGAUAGUCUUCAAUCUGGGGAGAACGAUUCUGCAGGCCCAGAACCAGGGCAAGCAGAGGAUCACAACCAAAUCCGUUUGGCGUUGCGAGAACAGCAGAACACUCCUAGCAAAGUACUAUCAACGAGCAACGAGCACUCCAAAGAUGAUUUAAAAAUAAGUCUUUCGAAAAAGCAUGCAGUAGACGAUGGAGAACCCAACGUACAGCACUCUUUUAUGAAUGAGUUGAUAGUCGCAAACCGUUCCGGCGAGGAGUUUGAUUAUAAUUGUUUAAUCAUCGAGGAGCAAACAGAAGUAAACGGACAAAACUACGCGACCGCUGAACAGGGAGUAAAUGCGGUUCAAGAGAUUAACUUAUCUGUCGCAGCAGGUGAUACUAUUCCAGAGCAGAACAUUGUUGAACAAACAAAAGCUUUUAAAACCAGCCCUUUUAAAGAGGUCUAUAUUGUUGAAGAACAACCGCCGACUAUUCCCUCGGACCAGCAUCAAACAAAUCAUACAAUCAGUGAAGCGGAACCAUCGGGAACAUCGAACGAAACUUUCACAGCCGUCGAUGUUGUUCGGUUUCUUCGUCGGCGAAAGCCUCCUGGAGAUAUUAAAUCAAGCUUCACACCAGACGCACAAAAUGAAUCAUGAUUGCCAAUAUGAAGUGUGCCCAAAUAUGAAGAAGCGAAUAAAAAAAAAGUAUUA